AUGAAAGGAAUUCUUCUACCAGAAAGUCCACUGACUCCACCUACUUCCGAGCCAGAUCCCAUGCUUCCUCCAUUCCCUCCGAGCGGCGCCCAGCAGGUACCGGGUGGCGGUGGCCAUAAUGCUUCGGCAGCCGGCAACGGAGGCGGACACCAUACGCCGCAGCUAAGCCACGGAGGCUCACUUGGUGCCGGUGGUAAUACAAUUCCUUUACCACAACCACCUCCUUACCCCGUCCUACCGCCGCCACCCUCACACCUGCCGCCUAUGAAUCACGCCCUCCUGCAGCAGCAGCUGUUGCAGAAUCCACACUUUGCACAGGCUAGUGCCAACGCCAAUGCCAAUAGUAUUAGUAACACCGGUCUUCCUGUUGGUCUUUCAGUUUCUUGGCUUCCAUUUGGUGACCUUCUUAAUCAAUAG